AUGUUUAUGCUUACCAUAGCAGCAGCAGAGGAAAGCGCAUUGCCAAUGUUUGAGCGAAUGCCAGAACAUAAUAUCGGCUUACGUGGAUGUGACUAUAUAAUUGCAAUUCUCAAUGGACAUCUGAAUAACUGUUGGAACUUAUUUUGGAUGGAAAUAUAUGCAUUUGAAGCAUUAUGCAAUACAUUGCGGGCGAAUGAAUAUCUAACAUCAACAAGAGAGGUUUCUGUGGAGAAAGCUUUGGCAAUGUUUGCGUACACAGUCGCACAUGCCAAAGUUCAACGAAUCACAGCCGACCGGUUUCAACACUCUACUGAAACCGUUAAUCAGCAUGUCUAUGCAGUGAUGCUUGCCCUAUGUAAUAUUGCUCCUGAUGUGAUUGCACCUACACAUAUAUUGAGGUGGCACCUUAUAUUCAAGAAAUGUAUUGGUGCAAUUGACGGGACUUACAUCGAUGCAUUUGUGCCUGUCGAGGCAACUAACGCAUAUCUAUCUCGUCACCAACAAGUUAGCCAAAAUGUGCUAGUAGCCUGUGAUUUCAACAUGAAAUUCACAUUCAUAUACGCUGGUUGGGAAGGCACUGCCCAUGAUGCACGCCUAUUUAUGGAUGCAUUGAGUCGUCCAGGGAUCGAUUUCCCUUUGCCUCCUGAGGGACAAACUGUUGAGGAUAACCCGGAAUAUUUGUUGCAUAUGCCUGACAUGUCAUCUGCCUCAGCACAAGCAAUGGCCAGGGACUAUCGCAAUAAAUAUGUGGGCACAUAG